AUGUCGACCCAAACUGAUUGGUCCGCACUGUUAGGCCAACACUUGGAGAAACUGUUUUUGGGAGGACUCAGUUGGGACACUGAAGAGCAGGAUAUCUUGAACUACUUCAGUAAGUUCGGCCAAAUCGCGAACGUCAACAUCAAGUACGACAGUAUGACCGGAAAGCCCCGCGGCUUUGGGUUCAUCACAUUUAACAACACCUCGUCGAUCGAUCAGGUCCUGGCUGGCGGUCCGCAUAUGAUUAAGAACAGAGCGGUCGACCCCAAGAGACCCCGAACCAAACCGGCGUUCAAAAAGAUAUUUGUUGGCGGAGUGGACGCUGACAUGUCUAAGGACGACAUUAAAGCUUACUUCGAGCGCUUCGGAACGGUGGAGGGAAUCGAGUGUCCAUUUGAUAAGCAAAGGGGGCGAAGGCGUGAGUUUUGUUUCAUCAUUUUCGACACGGAGGAGGCGGCAGAGGCGGCCGUGUCUGAGCCCAAACAGCUGGUCGGCAAUAAGGAGUGCGAUAUCAAGAAGGCACAGCCGCCACGAUUUCAGGGCGGCGCCACCGGUGGCACACCCGGCGGCUCGCGGAAUGGACAGCAGAGCUUCAGCAGCGGCGGGUCCUAUGGCGGCGGUGGUGGUGGUGGCGGCGGCAGCCGAAACGGUUGGUCCGCCGGCUAUAAUGACCGGUCGAACGGCUCGUGGAAUAAGGGUUCGUUCGGCAACGACGGCUCGUACGGCGCCUACCCUUACAAGACAUACACGAACUCUAAUUAUUAUCCGCCGAACUAUUAG